AUGGCCGACAUUGCUGAUCCCAAUGCCUCCCCCGGCGGUCACGACGACGCGACCGGCAACGGGAAUGGCGCCGACCCUCGAGGCAUCAAGCGUCCUCGCGUUAGUACCGCCGCCGACGACGACGAUGAUGACGACGACAAGCCCGGACGUGAGAGGAGGAAGAUUGACAUCAAAUUCAUUCAGGAUAAGUCUCGUCGGCACAUUACUUUUUCGAAGCGCAAAGCCGGUAUCAUGAAGAAGGCCUAUGAGCUCUCGGUCCUCACCGGCACCCAAGUCCUGCUCCUCGUCGUCUCCGAGACUGGACUAGUAUACACCUUUACAACCCCCAAGCUACAACCUCUCGUCACAAAGCCCGAGGGCAAGAACCUGAUCCAGGCGUGCCUCAAUGCGCCCGAGCCCGCUCCGGGGAACGAGAAUGGCGUUGACGCCGAAUCAACCGUCGACUCUCCUGAAGACGUCAGUCACGCGCAAAUCCCAGCUCCACAGGCAAGCAUGCCUCGAGGCGGCGGGAUGCCACCGAGUUACGGAAUGACACCUGAACAACAACACCAAAUGGCAUACCAGCAAUACAUGCAGAACCAGCAACAAGGCGUCGGAGGACACUAUCCCAUGCCUCCACAGGAGCGAUAG